GUAAAUCUCUUUCGCUAAAAUUGCCUUCUUUUUCUCUCUUUCUACAUUUUUGGUCUACAUAUUUUUCAAACGCCAUGAACACUGUAGCUACUGCUGCAGCGCUCUCUAUGCCCAUUUCUCUGUUUAGAUCAUCUAAGCGUAAUACUGAAAAGGGAGUUAGGGGCGGAUUUCGGGUGUUUGCCGUAUUUGGGGGGGAAGGUGGGCUGCAGGAUAAGAAGAGUGUAUGGGGUACCAUCUUUGAUGUUGAGGAUCCGAGGUCUAAGAUGCCACACUAUAAAGGGAAAUUCUUGGAUGUAAAUCAAGCACUCGAAGUGGCUAGAUAUGACAUUCAGUACUGUGAUUGGCGAGCUCGUCAAGAUGUUCUCACCAUUAUGCUUCUUCAUGAAAAGGUUGUGGAAGUUCUAAAUCCUCUGGCUCGCGAGUACAAGUCUAUUGGCACCUUGAGGAAGGAGCUUGCUGGGUUGCAAGAAGAAUUAACCCAAGCACACCAACAGGUUCAUAUAUCUGAAGCAAGGGUUACUACUGCUUUAGAUAAACUAGCUCACAUGGAAGCAUUGGUUAACGAUAGGCUGUUACAAGAUAGUAGCACAACAGAGUCUGACCAAACCUCCUCUUCUCCUAGUACUUCUACUCAAUCUCUGGAUACUGUUAAAGGGAGAUUGCCACGAAAAAGCUUGAAUGUUUCAGGUCCAGUUCAACCUUACAAUUCCCACCUUAAGAAUUUCUGGUACCCUGUUGCAUUCUCUGCUGAUCUGAAGGAUGACACCAUGAUUCCAAUUGAUUGCUUUGAGGAGCCAUGGGUUAUCUUUCGUGGGAAAGAUGGGAAAACUGGAUGUGUCCAGAACACCUGUGCACACAGAGCCUGUCCACUUCACCUUGGUUCAGUAAAUGAGGGUCGGAUCCAAUGUCCUUACCAUGGGUGGGAAUACUCAAUAGAUGGAAAAUGUGAGAAGAUGCCAUCUACACGACUACUUAAUGUGAAGAUAAAGUCAUUGCCAUGUUUUGAGCAAGAAGGGAUGAUAUGGGUUUGGCCUGGCAAUGACCCUCCAGCAGCCUCACUUCCUUCAUUACAGCCUCCUCCAGGUUUUGUAGUCCAUGCUGAGAUUGUCAUGGAGCUUCCAGUGGAACAUGGGCUACUUCUGGAUAACCUGUUAGAUCUUGCGCAUGCCCCUUUUACUCACACAUCUACCUUUGCGAAGGGUUGGAGUGUCCCCAGCUUGGUGAAAUUUUUAACGCCUGCAUCUGGCCUGCAAGGAUACUGGGACCCUUAUCCAAUAGAUAUGGAAUUCCGACCACCUUGUAUGGUUUUAUCAACCAUUGGAAUCUCAAAGCCUGGAAAACUAGAGGGGAAAAAUACUAGACAAUGUGCAACUCACCUCCAUCAACUUCACGUAUGCUUGCCUUCAUCAAGACAAAAGACUAGGUUAUUAUACAGAAUGUCUCUUGAUUUCGCUCCCGUGCUAAAACACAUUCCUUUCAUACACCAUCUAUGGAGACAUUUUGCUGAGCAGGUAUUGAAUGAAGAUCUGCGGCUUGUAGUUGGGCAGCAGGAGCGAAUGAUCAAUGGGGCAAAUGUUUGGAAUUCACCAGUUUCUUAUGAUAAGCUAGGAGUAAGGUAUAGGCUAUGGAGAGAUGCUGUGGAAAGAGGAGCAAAGCAAUUAUCUUUCAGCAAAUCAACGUAAAGAAAACAGAAAACCUCUACGAUGAAUCUAACUUCUCUGGAUGCAUUACAAGUAUCAACCCCUCUUUAUCCAACAUAACAAUCCCGGAGCAGGAUUGCAAAUAAAGGAGCACUGCUAGAGAAUGUUGUGCAGUUUGGCUUUCGGUCUCUGAAAGGACAUCCCCGAAGACUCUCUUAUGGCGAAAACUGUUAAUUGAUCUGAGGCAGAGGAGAUUGUUUGUGUGUACAAGUCGUUGCAAGAUAAAAGAAACUGUACACUACCAGUAUUGAUUUUGUGUACGGUUAAAUUCAAUUUUUCCUCCCUUUUUCUGAUCUCUUUCAAAUGCAAUGGAGUGAUGAUUUUUUUCCAGCGACAUUAAGGAAGCUGGUGUUUGAAAGAUAAA